CACACACCGACCGUCAAUGCUUAAGCGCGAAGUUUAUAGGCUCUCACGACGACGGUCAUCGUUCCGGCGAAGCUAAAUCCCAGAUCUGAAAAUCCUCUCCAUCCUGCUACCCAAACCCUCGGUCCAUCUCGGCAUCGAUGAACAACCUCCGCCUGCUUGAUCUCACCUGAUCCGAGAUCCCGACCGAAUCGAAGCCCUCGGCGAUCUCAACGAGCGCGUCGUUCCGGAGGACACAUCACCGGCUUGGUCGCCGGAUCGGGAUGGAAGGCGAUCCGAUGGGCGUGGCGCUGCCCGAGGACGCCCUCGCGGAAAUCCUCCGCCGCCUCCCGCCGCGCAGCCUCGCCACCUCGCGGUGCGUCUGCAAGGCGUGGCGCUCCAUCGUCGAUGGCCGCCGGCUGCUGCUCCCGGAGCUCCUGCCGCACUCGGUGCGUGGCAUCUUCCUCGAGUAUAACGAGGCCUCUUACCCGGGUUUCCUCUCUCACCCCUCCAUGGAGCCGGAUGAUAUCUUGGGCAAGCUCAACUUCCAUCGUCUUCGCCCCGACCCCUACCAGUGGACCUAUACUCACAUCGAGGGUCACUGUAAUGGGCUCCUGCUUUACCGAGACAGGCUAGGGCUCCAAGUGGCCAACCCCGCGACGCAGUGGCGGGCACGCUUGCCCCCGCCCCCGGAGACGGAGAGGGAGGGGGGGUUCGUCGAGCCGCACCUUGCGUUUGAUCCCACCGAGUCACUGCACUACGAGAUAUUGCUCGUCCCUCAAACGCCUCUUGCAGAGGAGAGGGACCAGCCCGAGCCGUCCAAGGAAUGGCCAGCAUCCACAUGGGUGUUGUGCUUGUUUUCAUCACGCACCGGGCAGUGGGAACAGAGGGCGUUUCUCCGGGAAGGCGAGGCCGCAGGGAUGGCUUCCGACGAGGUGUUGCACCGGACGUCAGAUAGCUGCAGCACUUAUUGGCACGGCAUGUUAUUUGUGCAGUGCAACGGUGGUUUCACUGUUAUGAGAAUAUCCUUGUCAAAUAAUAAGUAUCGGGUGAUUAAAAUACCAACAGAUAUUGAGGAAUCAGAAUAUUAUAAGCUUCAUCUAGGACGGUCAAGGGAAGGGUUAUGUUGUGCAACAUUUCGUGAUCGGACCAACCUUCGUGUUUGGAUCCUUGACGAUUCAUGUGGUACGAUGGAGUGGGCGUUGAAGCAUCACAUUGACCUUGACCAGAGUUUAUCACGUGUAAUGUGGCAUUGUGGGGAAAAGGAGGGACCCUGGAGUUUACAGGAUGCUAUCAAUGUUGAACACUAUGGUCAACAGGAUUUAAAUGAUGUUAACAUGGAUGAAGAUCACAGCAACAAUUCUUUUGUGAAGAGUGAAGUCGAAUGGGAUUCCGACAACGAUAAUAUAGGUGACAAUGAGUCUGAGGUCGUAGAGAGCUACUUACCCUAUGUUUGUUUUCUUGGAUUUCAUCCUUACAAAGAAGUCAUCUUCUUGAAUCUUCUUUCGCUAAGAAGAGCAGUGGCCUAUCAUCUGAAUACCUCAAUAGUGCAGGAUUUGGGUAAUAUAUGGCCCAAUGACUACGACGCUGGGCACGCGAGAGGCAUAUAUAAGUCUUUUCUGUACACACCUUGUUUGAUAGCAGAUUUCCCAGAAAACAAAUUGGAAGCCCAUGUUGCAGGCUAGCUAGCCAGCUUAUUUGUUUCAAACAGUUUGAGUCCUUAAGACUUAUGUCGUACUUGUGUUUUGAGUCCCUGUUGUUUUAAUGUCUGCUACCUUGACAAGACAAACUUGUUUACAACCUGAAUUGUCGAAGGGCUUGUAAGCAGUGUUAUGCUCCAGCAAAAUUUCGUUUGUGAA